CACCCCGGGGCGGUCGCCAGCGCCGCGCUAGGACCCGGGUGUCCGGGAUCGGAGCAGGAAGCGGGAGCCGGCGGCGGUGGCGGUGGGGCCCGUGGAGCCGGGAAGGGAGAGCGGGGCCGGCGGGAGUGGACGGCGUGGGGCCGGGGCACGCCACGGCCCCGGCCCCGCCAUGCGGCCCCGGGGGGAGCUGCUGGUGCUGGUGCUGGUGGCGGCAGGGGCGGUGGGUGGGCGCGGGGCCGCCCGCGACACCCUGGCCUGCUCCCAGGGCCUCGCCUGCCGUCUCCUGGACACCGACGUGCUGUGCGGGAUGGAGCCGCCGGGGCCCGGCCACGGGCUGGCCCUGGCUCAGCUGCAGCUGGAGCCGGUGCUGCGCUGCACCGGGCCCACGGCCUGCUCGCCCUGCCUGGAGGCACGGCUGCACCUGACCGCCGGCACCGGAGACCCCCGCCGCCCUGCGCCGUCGGGCGUCCCCGAGGCGGAGGAUGGCGGUACGGGGGGACGGUGGCCAGCGGCGGAUGGGACUGCCUCGUCCCAGCCCAACGUCACCGGGCUGCUGCUGCUCUCCGGGCACACGUACGCCUCCUCCCGCUGCGUGGCCGUGGAGGUCCGGGCACCCCUGGCCCCCGCGCUGCCCGGCCAACCCCUGGGCUGGGUGACGUUCCGGUGCUUCGAGGCGCCGCUGGGCUCCAAGCUCCACGUCACGGCGUACACUAACUCGCGUGACCACUGGAGGCUGAGCCAGUGGCAGUGGGUGCCAGACUGCUCGUGGCCCGUGGCACAGGCUGCCGUCCCCCAGUGCCAAGUGCCCAGGCUGCAGGUCUCCCCGGGGCCGAAGGAGGUGGUCGUGGAGGUGCAGGGGGCCGUGGCGGGGCACAGCUACACCCUCCGGCUCUACCACAACCAGAGCCACGGCGCCAGCGGGCCGGGGCGCGCAGUGACCGCGAGCAGCCCCAUGAACUACAGCCUGCCAGCCGAAGAGGUGCUGCCCUGCCUCUGCCUGCAGGUCUGGCCAGAGACCCAGGACCCGCUGCGGGCCACCCUGUGCCCCUUUUCCCACGACGCCGAGGCCUGGGAGCGGCUGUGGGCGCGCAGCCGGCUGGUCCUGCAUGCUGGGGAGCGGGCGCUGACCUGCUCCCUCUCGGCCCCCUGCGACCUCCCGGCUGAGCUGGUGCCCUGCUGGCAGCCGGCACCCGCUGGGCCCUGCCAAGCCCUGCCCGGCCUGCGGCAGCCCGCCGUGGGGCAGGGACUCCAGGAGUUUGGGGGGCUGCGGCCACACCCUAACCUCUGCGUGCAGGUGUGGAGCGACGGGCAGGUCCGGCUGACCCAGUGCUUGCGGGACCGAGCGCUGCCUGGCCGCCCCGAUGACCUCCUGCUGCUGGAACGGGAGGGGAACGCCUCGCUGUGCGCCCUGGAGCGGGGCACCUGCACGCCCCUCACCAACUUCACCAGCACGGGAGCGGGGCGCCCCGGGCUGCUGGAGCAGGAGCUGCGGCGGGACGUGGCGGCGGGGCAGUGCAGGCAGAUCUGGCACGCUGAGAACAGCACUGGGGUCACGCUCUGGGCCUGUCCUCUGCACAAGUACCUGCGCGCCCGCUGGGUGCUGGCGUGGAUGGGGGUGCUGCUGGGGGCUGCCUGCCUCCUGCUCCUGCUCCUGCUGAAGAAGGAGGACAUGAAAGGCUGGCUGAAGUCCCUGAGGGCUGACUACGGCUCCGAGGGCCCGCUGCGAGGCCGGCGGGCGCUGCUGGUGCACGCGACGGAGCCGGUGGCAGAGCGGGCGGCGUGCGCCUUGAUGGCAGCCCUGCGCCCGCUGGGGCUGGCAGUGACGGCAGCACCGGGCGGUGGCAGCGGGAUAGCGGCAUGGGGGCCGCUGCCUUGGCUGCACGCCCAGCACCGGCAAGCGCUGCGUGACGGUGACACCGUCAUCCUCUUCCUCUCCCCGGCGGCUGUGGCUGCCGCGCACCAGUGGGACGCCGGGGCCAGGGCCGUACCGGGGGACGUGGCCGCUGAAUGCGGCCCCGGCCCGCAGCACGGCCCCGGCCCUGAUGAUGUCCCCACCGUAGCACCCUGCGAGGCAUUCGCGGCAGCUCUGUCCUGCACCGUGCCGGAGCUGGUGGCGGGCAAUGGUCGCUAUGUCGUGGUCCGGCUAGAGGCCUUGGUGCCGGCGGUGCCACCGGCACUGCGGGCAGCCCCCGCCUUCGCGCUGCCCAGCGAGACGGGGGGCUUCCUGCGGGCGUUGGCGGGACCGGGUCGGUGGCGGGGCCGGUGGCCGGAGCCGUACGUGGCGGCAGUGGCCGAAGGGCUGCGGCGGUCGGUGGGGGAAUAAAGCGGUGACGGUGGCUUCGCCGA